UCCUGCACUGCACCAUGGGUAAUUGCUGUAAUUCAAUUCACCUGAUGGGCCUGGACAUGAAGAAGCUGCCAGCAAAGUUAGCUAUAUUUUUCUUCCUGCCCUUCUGUUGUUUACAUAUUGGCUUCUGAUGGUCCUGAAGUCUUAAGUCUUAACACUACUGAAGAACACUUGUAGCAGCCCAUGUGACAGAUAUUUUUUCAUGUGGAACCAAGGAGUUUGCAGUCAGUCUACUGAUGGAAUCAUUAGCCACAAAGCAGUGGUAUCAAAGAAAUCAACUCUUCAGAUUUUGCCUUGCACAGUGUCUCAGCUUCUGUCUGCUCGUCAAGUCAGCAAUGAUACCUUUGCAAUCAGUGACUGGGAACUCAACCAGGUGUCCGCUGUGGGAGUCAUCAGAGGAUUUUUUCCCUUUGUGACCAACAUCCAGUACUCUGUGGAUGACAUGACUGGUCCACCUUUAAAUGUGAAGCAGUGGGUUAAUACAGAGGACUGUGCACUGAUGACAUUUGCUUCUCCUGGAACAUAUGUGAAGGUUACAGGAAAUCUACGCAGUUUCAGCGGUCAAAGGUCAUUGCUGUCAAUAAAUAUCCGUUGCAUCAAGGACCUGAAUGAGAUCACAUCCCACAUGUUGGAAGUGGUGCAAGCCCAUAUGCAGCUUUUUGGAAAGGUGCUCGACGUGAAUAUGAAUACCACUCUUUCCUCGCUGCCUGGAAGGUGCAGUGGUGGAAAUCCUGACGGCAUUUUACCAAAUGGAUUGUCCUCCAUCCAGGGCCAGGUGUUGCAUGUAAUCAGGAAUUUCCCUGACCGUGAUGAUGGCAUCAGUUUCCAUGACCUGAAGACACAGCUGGACUACCUCAGUAUGAUUGACAUCAGAUCUUCUUUGGCUUUUCUCAUAAAUGAAGGCCAUGUCUUCUCUACCAUCGAUGAGCAUCAUUUUAAGUCAACAGAACCUUAGCAGGCUACCUGGAGUCAAGUGAAACAUCAAAAUGUUACAGGACUACAGCCGAUCAGAAUCUACUCACUGCACACAUUUUUUAGGUUGGCAUCAUUGCUUUGGUUAAAUUUAUUCUUUUAUUUAUGACAUACUGUAGCUAAUGGCUUUGUCUGUCUUGGUCUAAAGCUGAUUAUAGUUUAUAGUGUAUCAUUUGUUGCCUGUAAAGAAUUACUGUACUGAUGGAUUACUCAGGCUUCGUUAUGUUUGACCACAGUAUUAUUUUGUGUUUGUAGUUUGUGCUGAUUUUGUGAGUACCCUGCCAAUAAUGUCAUGAUUACCGUAAAUAAUAUCUAAAUCAUA